AUGGCGGCUGGAGCUCCGUGCGGCCGGAGCCUCCGGUGGGCCGAGCUCUUCCGCGUCUGCCGGGGCGCGUCUGCAGCAGGCACCCGCGGAGCCCCAGAUGCACCUGGGCGGCGGCAGCACCACCAGGCGGCGGCAACAGAGCAGAAGAUCACCCGGUCGUGGCAGCUGGACGGCAUCAGGAAUAUCGUCUUGAACAACCCUCGGAAAAGAAACGCCCUUUCUCUCCCCAUGCUGAGGUCUCUCCGUGAGGACAUCCUGCGUGAUAUUGAAAGCCCCGAAGUGCGAGUCAUUAUCAUUUCAGGUGAAGGGCCGGUUUUCUCGUCCGGCCAUGACUUAAAGGAACUGACUUGCGAGCAAGGCGAGAAGCACCACCUAGAGGUCUUUGAGACCUGCUCUGAGGUUAUGACUUUGCUUCCCAAGCUACCUGUCCCCGUCAUUGCCAAGGUGAAUGGCCUGGCUACUGCAGCCGGCUGUCAACUGGUAGCAAGCUGUGAUAUUGCCGUGGCCAGUGAGACGUCCAGGUUUGCCACCCCGGGAGUAAACGUUGGGCUGUUCUGCUCGACGCCUGCAGUGGCUGUGGGGAGAUCUCUCCCUAGAAAGGUUGCACUGGAGAUGCUGUUUACAGGAGAGCCUAUGACAGCCCAGGACGCGCUUCUGCACGGGCUCAUCAGCAGGGUGGUACCAGAGGACAAGUUGGAAGAUGAGACCCUGAGAAUCGCCCGCAAGAUAUGUGCGUGCAGCCGCUCCGUUGUGUCUCUGGGGAAAGCCACUUUUUACAAACAGAUUGAGCAGGAUGUCGGCACCGCCUACAGAAUAGCCUCCCGGGUCAUGGUGGACAACCUUGCCCUCAAGGAUGGUCAGGAAGGGAUCGAGGCCUUCAUCUCUAAACGCAAGCCUGCCUGGUCUCAUACCUGAAAUGGAGUUUCCCGAAGGACACCCUUGACCUUUGAAGAACCAUAUUAUGGAGGAAGCAUCAGCCAGGCACCUCUCCAUCGUGCCUGGGUCCAGCUCCAGCUGAGAGCCCCCUCCCUCCUGAUGCCAACUGUCAACUUUGACUACUGAACUUUGCAACUAAGAUUGUAGUGCCUGAAUUUGCUUUCCUUUCCCCCCGCCUCCGCCUCCCUCCCAAUCCCCUUUCCUUUUGUGUCAUGUCUUUUAGAUUGUAAGCCUGUGGGCAGGAACUGUCAAGAAAUACUUUUGUAAGCCUCCGUGAGAGCCUUUUUUGGCUGAAUGGAGGCAUAAAAAUGCUUAAAUAAAUAAAUAAAAUAUUAAAUGCAAAUAAGGUCUCGAGAUUCCCAAA